AUGAGGUUCGGCACAACACUGGAGCGAGCAGUGUAUGCUCCGUGGAAGGACAACUACAUUGACUAUGCCAAGCUCAAGAAGCUACUGCGUGACGACGAUUCGGUGCCGUCUAGCCCCAGCACCGAAUCCCGCUCCAACCGCUGGACCGACGAGGACGAGAGCAAGUUCGUCGACGAGCUGGUGAACGUGCAGCUGGAGAAGGUGCAUAAUUUCCACAAGGAGACCUACGAGAAAUUACGCGACCGCACCGCCAAAUGCGAGGCCAAGCUCGACAGCAUUGCUGCACCGGAGCACGGCGCCAAUGGCAACGGCAAUGGCAGUAAGAAGCCUGUGCCCAGCGAGGAGGAGAAGACCAAAAUCUUGAACGACGUGCUUUCCGAGCUUGACCAUAUCACCAAAGAGACCAAUGAGCUCGAGAAGUACAGUCGCAUCAACUACACCGGCUUUCUCAAGGCUGUCAAGAAGCAUGACCGCAAGCGCGGUGCUUCAUACCGCGUGCGCCCAUUGCUGCAGGUGCGACUGGCUGCGCUACCAUUCAACAAGGAGGACUAUGGCCCGCUGCUCUUCCGUCUCAGCGCCAUGUACAGCUUCGUGCGCAACUCGCUCGAAGGCGGCGACCAGGCCAACAAGGCCAGCGAGAAUGAGGAGGGCAAGGAAGAAUAUACGAGCCAGAAGUUUUGGGUGCACAUGGACAACCUGCUGGAGGUCAAGACCAUGAUCUUGCGACAUCUACCCGUGCUUGUAUACAACCCACAAACUUCCAAGGUCGCCGAGGGCCACCAACCGGAUCCGUCCAUCACCAGCAUUUACUUCGACAAUCCCGCCUUUGAGCUCUACACUCACAAGGUCGACCGCAGCGCAGGCUCGUCCUUGAGACUUCGCUGGUAUGGGCAGCUCAAUAACAGACCGGAGAUUUGGGUCGAGAAGAAGACCGUCACUGAGGACGAAAGAAGCCACGAGGCUAGGUUCACCACCAAAGACAAAUACGUUCAGCGUUUCAUCAACGGCGAAUACCACAUGGAAAAGCAAAUCAAGAAGCUGGAGGAUCGUGCAGGUCCGGAGAGCAACGAGCUGAAGGGUAUGAAGGAUGCAGUGGAAGAGAUCCAGGACUUCAUCAAGACAUACGACCUGCAACCUGUUCUUCGUGCCAAUUACACCCGUACAGCUUUCCAGAUUCCAGGCGAUGAUCGUGUCCGCAUCAGUCUCGACACCGAUCUAGCUUUUAUUCGCGAGGAUGCCAUUGAUCAGGAUCGCCCGUGCAGAGACCCCGAUACUUGGCACCGCUCCGACAUCGAUAGCAACGAGAUGGAGUUCCCGUUCUCCUCGAUCAGGAAAGGCGAGAUCACCCGCUUUCCAUUUGCCGUUCUCGAGGUGAAGCUGCGUAAUUCGCAGGCCAAAAGGAGCGCAGAAUGGAUUGAGGACUUUGUGAACAGUCAUCUGGUCAAAGCAGCGCCUCGCUUCAGCAAGUUCGUGCACGGUGUCAGUACACUCUUCGAGGAUUAUGUCAACACAUUCCCCUUCUGGUUGAGCGACAUGGAGACAGACAUUCGCCGUGAUCCCCAGCAGGCUUUCGAAGAAGAACAGGCCAAGAAGCAGAAGGAGAUGGACGAUGAGUUCGCCGUGGGUUCACUUCUCAAAUCCAAAGCAAGUAUUGGCAGUCCGGCACAGCGAGGUGAGCGUCGCGGCACCGCCGUCCUUAGUCCGGUCGGAACGCCUGCAGACAGCUCGUUCAAGCGCACGCCAAGCGACACCGACACUGCAAAACUUUCAACCUCCAAGGGCAACACUGCACAUGUCGCGCCGACUCAAAUGGACGAUGUUGUGGAAGAACCAGACGAUGAUGAGACCGGAACUCACACGCAGCCCACAGGCCGAGAAACCUUGCCAGGCGGUCUGAAGAAUCUUUUCCCCGGUUUUAGCACGAGCAAGUAUGCUCAAGCCAGAAGGGCGAGGACCCAGCUUCCACCAGGAGUUUCUGAGCCCAAGGAGUGGAUAAAGGACCAAGGCCCAGUCAAAGUCGAGGCCAAGGUAUGGCUUGCGAACCAGCGAACAUUUAUCAAAUGGCAACAUGUUUCCAUCCUCCUGGCCUCGCUUUCUCUCGGUCUUUUUAAUGCUGCCGGCCCAGAUAACACGGUCGGCAAAGCUCUUGGCAUCGUCUAUACUCUUAUCGCCGUUUUUGCUGCUGCAUGGGGCUAUUACAUUUACAUGUGGCGACACAACCUGAUACUAAAGAGGAGCGGUAAGGACUUUGACGCUGUUGCUGGUCCUGUCGUCGUCUGCGUUGGUCUCAUCAUGGCACUGUGUCUGAACUUUGGCUUCAAGUAUCGAGCCGUUAUGCAAGAGCGCGAGAAGCAAGGUCCCCAGUCACUCUUAAUACAGAGCGGCUACUUGCAGUGAAAUGUUUAUUUGUACAUCUUAGAUAUACACUGAGCAGGAUUUGUAUAAUGGAUGACAAGCGGCAUUGGCAGCGGCUUGGUACAUCCAGAUGAACUGCAGCAGCCAGAUUCGUGCGUGUGUCGGAGCGCUUCGCAGUCGCUCGUUUGCAGUCCCAGAUAAAUUGGCUGUCAAGAGUGAUGUGGGCC